AUGGAUAAUACAUCUACAGUAAUGGAACAUAUGGAGAUUCAAUCCCUUUUUUUCCAUCAUCCAACAAUGAGGGAGACGGAUCUUGAAAUAUCGAUUGAAGCCGGUUCUGGCAUUGACCUCGGUUGGAUCAGCUCUACGAAAGUCUCGCUGUUGUACGAUGGCACUCUCAUUGGAGAAGCAAGUCUUAAAGACAACUACAUUAUACCUAACGAGUACAACAUGAUAAAUUUAGUCCUCCAAAAAAUUGAGAUUCGGAAUAUGAUUGCAUUCAAGGCUCUAAUUCGGCAUGUAAUACCGCAACCCAGGGACAGAUGUCAACUGGAGGACAAAGCUCCUUCUGCUGCACUAGAAAUCCUUGAGAAUGGCCACACACUCUCCAUGGUUAUAAAUUUGGAUAACAUGGGGGUCGCCAAAGCCCUUGACCCUAUUGUUCGCCACAUCGGUGACAAAAUUGAGAUUACGUUUGUCGUGCGAAAUCCAACCAACGUCAUCAUCUUCUUCGACAAAACUCAUUUCAAACUUCAAAAAGACGGACGUACCUUAGCUACAUUGGAAGGUACAUUUUUCCUCAUAGGCUCGACUGAUGAUGACCAGCAAUACGUUUUGACUGGAAACCUCAAUCCAUAUAUUCGGCUCUUCGGAACAGCUGUUUUGAAAGGAGUCUGCUUGGAUGAGGAUGCAGACACUUGGUUUAUUCACGCCAUCCGACAAUUUGAAAUGGAAAUAAAUUUGGAUAAUGUGAUUUAAGGCAAACGCUAGAUGCGGCGUGAUGCCCAUUGCUCUUUUAUCACCAAG